AUGGCGACAGCGCUGCGUCACUUCCGCUCCCGCCCCGGCCCCCCGCGGGCACUGCGAGGCCACGCCCACAGUGAAGGCCACGCCCUGCAGAGGGGCACCCAGCAGUGUCACCCCGCCGGCCCUGCCACCGUCCUGCGCUUCACCGACCGCCACGCCGAGAUCCGGGUGCCGGCGCUGCACCGAGUGCCCAGCCCGCUCGACCCCCUCUACGGGCUCGUCCGGCGCUGCCUGGACCUCAUCCAGCAGAACCCCCUGCCCACGGAGUUGCUCCGGGCAGCCCUGAACGACCCCGGAUCAGUGCGGACAUCGCAGGUGGUGCAGUACGAGCUGGGCUAUGUGGUCUGUGCCGCCGUGGCCCUGCUCUUCACCGUGGCCGUGCCGGUGGCCGGGAUGUGCUUCUGCUACUGCCGGAGCCGCCGGCGCUGCGGGGGUCGCAUCCGCGCCCACCGGCGCUCUCUGGGCUGCCGGCGGCACUGCCUGCUGGCCUGCCUGUCCUUCACCUCCCUCGUCAUCCUGAUCAGCGUCACCUGCGCCUUUGUCACCAGCCAGCGGGUCAAGGGGCAGAUGGAGCCGGGGCUGGGGGCUGUGCCGACCACCCUGCGCACGCUGCGGCAGCACCUGGCCAACGUGCCCCAGGGCGUGCAGAUGGUGGUGGACAAGUUCGAGGUGCCCCGCAAGCAGAUAAUCUCCGAUUUGGGCGGCCUCAGCCGGAGCGUGGGGCUCUCCAUCCACUCACAGCUCAAGGCCAUGACCUACGCUGCGCUCUCAGACCUGCAGGACAGGGCUGCAGACCUACAGACCUCGCUGCACCAUUUACAGAUUCUCGACGGGACCUCGCGGGCGCUGGCUGCGGCGCGGGCCGAGCUGGAGCCGGCGCUGCGGGAGCGGCGGGGCAGGGUGGUCGCGCUGCUCGACGACCCCCGCUGCACCUCCUGCGCCAGCGCCCUGGGCAGGGCACAGAGCCUGGAGCUGGGAGCUGACUACGGCAAGGUGCCAUCAGUGGAGAAGGUUUUGAAGGCCAUGGCCGGGCUGCCCCGAAGCGACUUUGCUGAGAUGAUUCGCCAGGGUAAUGGCACCUUCAACUCCAUCCCGGAGCUGGCCGUGGAGAGGAUGGCACAGGUCAUCCAGGAUCUGCGGGAGGAGCUGUCCCACACAGCACAGAAGGUGCAGUCCAUCGCUGACAGCUUCCCCCUCCCCGACUACACCCGGCCCGCCAGCGAAGCCCUGGUGACGGCGGAGGAGCGGAGCCGGCCCUACCUGCGGGAGGUGGAGCGCUUCGAGCACUACAGGUGGAUCGCUGGCACGGUGCUGUGCUCCAUCAUCCUCCUCAUCCUCGCCUGCAACGUGACGGGAAUGGCCCUGGGGGCCUACGGGCUUUCCAAGCGGGAGGACCCGAGCGACUACGAGUGCCGAGGAGAGGCUGGUGCCAAGUUCCUCCUGGUGUAA